UACUGUUUAUGACGUCAACAUUCCAGCUGCCGUCAAAAGAACGAAGACCGUCAAAAGAACAAAGAAGCUUUGCUAGAUCAAAGAACCCGAAACCUUUAAAUACAAAUAACCACGAGAGACUUUCAGAGAAGUUUUCAGUCUCCAGUCAGUUUGGUGGAUUUGUUUGUUCUCAGCAUUCAAACAUUAAGUUUCAAAGACAAAACCUUUGGAAACAUUUGGAAAGCGUCUUAACAUUUCAAGAAUAUGUCUCAGCACCAAAAACAGAGUGAUUUCGCUGAACCACUUCACUGCAGUGGUCAGCUAAAUGUCCCAGAAGACACUGAAUCCCUGAAAAGGGCAUUUGAGCUCCUCCAGAAAGAAAAUCAACAGCUGCACAUUAAGAUCAAACAGCUGCAGGAUGAGAAGGACAGAGACAUGGAGGCCCAAAAUAAGGGCUCUGGAGACAUUCUCAGAGAGGACCGACCAGGUCAAGAUCAGCAAUACAAGGGUAACAUGCAGAUCAUAAAUAAAAAUUGGAAAAUAAGGUUUCAUAGAUCGCAAAAUGAAGUAACAAACUUGCUGCUAGAGCGAAAACAGAGCACAGCUAAACUCCAGCAAAUGCAGUGUACUCUGUUUUCCCAGCAACAGAACCUCAAUGACUUGAGGGAAAGAUAUAACAUGGAGGUAUACAAGCUCCAGAAUCUGGAAGCCAAACACAAUCAGACACUAUACCAACUCCAGCAAAAGGACACAGUAACUGAGCAGAUAGAGUGCCAGCUUCAAGACGUGAUGGUCAGAUAUGAAGUGACAAAAGACAAACUCAGAAACAUGGAGGCACUACAGAAAGAGACACAGCACAAGCUGGACGAGAAGACCAGAGAGCUGGAGGCCCAAAGUAAACGCUUGGGAGAAAUUUCCAAGCAGGACCAGGACCAAGAUAAGCAAUACAAGGCCAAGUUGCAGGGCAUAAAUGAAGGCUGGGAUGCACUGCUUAAGAAAUCGCAGCAGGAAAUUAUACGCUUGUUGGAUGAGAGGAAAGAGAAGAGCCAAAAUGAGAGAGAAAUGAGAAGUGAAAUGACCUGCAUGAACCAGGAGAUAGGAGAGUUGCGAUACAAGCUUGCAGACUUGGAAGCAAUACACAAAGAGACAAAAUACCAACACGAAAAACUGGAAAGAAAAUACAAGGAGACACUAUACAAAUACCCAAACCUGGAAACCCAACAUAAGACACUACAGCAGCUCCAACAACUGGAAGAAAUCGCUGAAAAGACACAACGCCACUUUUGUGAAAGUGAGGCUAAAAAUACAAGUUUGCAGUUAAAGCUUGAUCAAACACUGCAACAAAACAUGGAAACAGGAAAAGAGAAGGAGCAACAGGAAGCUGAACAGAGAGAGAUGGACAGCAAGCUCAGAGACAUGGAGAAGAGACAUGAGGAGCAGAAAUCCAAGUUGCAACAACUGGAGGCUGUAACUAAAGACACACAACUCCAGCUUCUAGAAAGUCAGAAGGAAAAGGAACGCAUGCAAGUAAAACUGGAUGAAGCAGUGCAAAGAAAUGCAGAACUGCUACAGGAGAGGGAACGACAGGAUGAACUGGGCAGAGAGAUGCAACGUGCUCUUCAAGCCUCUGAGGAGAAAAAUACUGAACUCCAAGUAUUUUAUGAUGAACUCCAAGAGAAACAUGUUGCAAUGGAGGCAGAGAAGGUAAACCUGGAGAAUGUCUGCAAUGAAAUGAUGCCUAGGAUACUGAAAAUGAUGGAAACAAACACACAACUGCACACACUCUGCGAAGCAGUACAGAGCACAAACGAUCAACUGCAGGAGGGGAUACAAAAACACGAGAAAAUGCAUGAAGACCUGCUUUGUGCUCUUCAAGAAAUGCAGAGGGAAAAUGAGCAGUUACGAGACGUGCACGAUGAAACAAUGAAGGCACAGAAAAAGGAAUAUGAAGAUCUGAAGGAAAAGCAUGCAGAAAGUGAGAAAAAGGUGGAAACUCUUGAAAACACAAUAAAGAAACUUGAAGAAACGACAAAAGAAUACGUUGCUGCCAUCAAAGAGCUCCUCUGCCAAAACACAGAGUUACAGAACCUCUACCUGAAAAAGAAGAGAAAGCCUUGCUGGUUUUUCCGCACGUUCUGCUGCUGCUUCUCCUCCUCAGCUGAAGAAUAAUAGCCUGCUCUUCCUCCACCCUCCAUCCAUCUCCUUCCUUUUCACCUCUCCCCUCUCCUCAUUCCUUUGGAUUGGCCACAGCAUUUACCAGCACCAU